GCCGCGGACUAAACGCGAACCGUGACUUUUACACGUGUGUUCCGGUUGUUGUUACCGGGAAAACACGGUUUUCUCCCUCUCGAUGCUUCAGUUUAAUCAUUCAGAAUGAGUUCUAACGCAGAAGACGAAGACUGCGCCUUUCUCGAACACGUUUUGGACAAACUCUACGAUUUUGGAGCAGCGCAGAAGAAGAAAAGCAAGAAGAAGAACAAACGGAAGCGCUGUGAGGAGGAGGAGGCGUUUCCGGAGGAAGAUGUCUGCGGUGACACCGAGGACGGCGGCGUGACUGAAGAUCUGAAGGUGGACGAAGCAGCAGGCGGGCAGCAGGUGACGCGGGCGGAGCCGGAGGUUCAGGUGAUCACCUUUCAGGACCCCCGCAAGAAGCUGAAGUCCAAGCAGACGGCGGCAGCUCCCAGCAGCGCUCCCGACGCUCCGAUAGCAGAGAAGAAGCAAAGCGGCCAGCAGGAGGAGCUCAGCCUGGAGAAGGCUCGUCUGGAAGUCCACCGCUUCGGCAUCACCGGGUACAAGAAGGAGCAGCAGCGAGUGUUCGAGCAGGACCGGGCCGUCAUGCUGGGAGCCAGACCGCCCAAGAAGAACUACGUCAACUACAAGCUGCUGCAGGAGCAGGUCAGGGAGAAGAAGCAGAGGCAGCGAGACGAGGCGGAGCCGGAACUGAAGAAAAAGAAGAAGAAGAGAAAUCAACAAGACAACAGGAAGAAGGCGUCGUCCGGCCCGGGGACGGCGCCCAGCGGCCAGGUGGGACGCUUCCGGGACGGCAUGCUGAUCCUGAGCUCCAAGGAGAUCCAGAAGAUCAAAGGCAAACGGGGAGCCAAAUAGGCGUGGGUUUAAAUCCCGUCUCCGCUGACCGGGACGCUCCUGGAGGACGAGACGAGACGAGACAGAAGACCAGAGACGCUCCUCGAGUCCAGCACACUUCGUUUAUUUGUAGAAAUCAACCAAGAGAAAGGAGACAUUUCUUGUGUUUUACAAGUUUGUCGAAGUCUGCAGAUGUAUGGCGACGAGGAGGCGGGGCUUCAGGGACACGGAGGGAAACGGAGGAGCAGCGAGACGGAGACGGCCGGCGGACGUCUGGCUUCGUCACGCCGGGUUUGUUUCCCAGACGAUCAGAGACCAGGAGGACUCCUGGAGCUGUCUGCUGUCUGGGUUCCUCUCUUAUAAACCUGAAACUGGACGGACCAACCGGACCAUCUGAGUUCAUAGACAGAUAUUCACCAGCCGUUCAACCGAAGAGGGCGAGAUGCAGACGAAAACAACAGUUUACGUAAAUCUAUCUACAUCUGAGAGGAAAUAAAGUGUUUUCCAUUAAA